GAAAUGAUUGCGUUUACUCGUCAUUAUCUAGAUGACACUUUCGCAGGUAUUUGGUUUCUAGCCCAAGGUUGCGUCAUGUGCGUUUCCAUGGAGAGCAAUGGCAGCUCAACAAGGGUGUAUUAUAUCGCGAGCCUGUAGCAAGCUCAAAAUAAGUGGCUUUCUCCUUUGACGAUGUCAAAUAAAAGCAAUGAAUAUUCUCGGAUACAAAGCUCCCCUCCGUUUCAUCACAUGCUUCGAGCAUCUGGGCAAGGUGAAGUCUGGUAUGAUUUAACCGACGAAGAGAAAUUUCGCCGGUACGGUUGGCGUUGUUCAACGAACGAAGACUUGUACUCAAAUGUCACCCUCAUUGGCAACUGGUAUGAAGAAAGGUUCGACACUCGCCGUAAUGUGGCGUUACGACGCCCCCUACCGCAUCAGUUCUCUCACUAUUUUGAGACCACAUAUUCUUCCAGCUAUAACAAAGAUGAUCACCAGCCAAUUUACAAAACACUGAAAAAGGAGUCCAGAAGCUUCCCUAACCACCAGCCAGAACUCGACCCUCCACACAUGAAAUGUGUACCAAAUUCCUCUUAUAGACUGGAUUUCAAAGAACCUCCCCAAAAUGUAGAGACCUCAGUGAUGAGGAAAUCUGGUUUCGUAUUCUCACAUUAAAAAAUUUAGUUUCAAUGUU